UGCGUCAUAAGAGGGUUAUAGAAAUGGUAGGUUGAAAAGAAGGAGGACAGUCUAGAACGUUUCCACGGUGGCUUCGCGAUAUUUAUUUGCGUCACGCAGCACAUUUACCGUAGCGGGCUGAAGAACGCCGUCUUGACGGUACCGGAUUUCCCACAAGCUAGCGGUUGUUAGCUUCUGCUCAUCGCCAGAAGCCGGCGAAGUGCGAGGGAAAUGGCAAGAGUCGGCUCGGAUCAGUCGUGUUGGAGAAACCACCCAUAACCAAAGCAACAUUCUUUUCUUUCUGACUCAACCGAUCCCGAAACAUGACGGUUGUCGGUGUGACUGUGAUCUACAACAUGGUGCAGAAGUAUCAGUCCCCCGUGCGGGUGUACAAGCAUCCAUUUGAGCUUGUGAUGGCGGCCUACGAGCGCCGGUUCCCUACCUGCCACCUCAUCCCAAUGUUUGUUGCCAGUGAUGUGUUGGAAGAAGAGACCAGCGAGGACGGAUCUACUCAUAAGAUCGAGCGCCGCUGUGCUCUGGAUGUGGACGCCCCACGCUUACUGAAAAGGAUUGCUGGUGUGGAUUAUGUGUACUUCAAUCAGAAAAACACACUCAACCGCAAAGAUAGGACACUUCACAUCGAGUCUCAUAAUGAGACCUUCUCCAACAGGGUCAUCAUCCAUGAGGUCUGCAGCUAUUCAGUUCAUCCAGAGAAUGAAGCGUGGACAUGUUUUGAGCAGAGCGCCAGCCUCGACAUCAAGUCAUUCUUUGGCUUUGAGAGCACCGUGGAGAAGAUUGCUAUGAAGCAAUACGCAAGCAGUAUCAAAAAAGGAAAAGAAAUCAUUGAAUAUUACCUGAAAGAGCUUGAAGAUGAAGGGAUCACGCACGUCCCCCGCUGGACUCCAUCCUCUCAGCCCCUGCCUGAACCAAGGCCGACCACUCUCUCGGGUAGCUCGGGCGUCCUCCCCUCCCUCCCUGCCACACCCGCUGUCUCUGACCCACUGGCCACUGAUGCCAAGGAGAGCAUCUCUCAUGAUGCCAAGCAGGACAGCUGUGCUCUGCAGGGAGACUGUGCAGUAGAGAUCCAGGCUGGCACACCUGAAGACAAACUGGAUGCAGACUAUAUCAAACGUUACCUUGGCGACCUCACCCCCCUUCAGGAGAGCUGUCUCAUCAGACUUCGCAAAUGGCUACAAGAGACUCAUAAGGGGAAGAUUCCAAAAGAUGAGCACAUCCUACGUUUCUUGCGUGCAAGAGACUUUAACAUGGACAAGGCGCGGGAGAUACUUUGCCAGUCACUAACGUGGAGGAAGCAACACCAAGUAGACUAUCUGUUGGAGACAUGGACCUCUCCACAAGUCCUGCAGGAUUUCUACACUGGGGGCUGGCACCACCAUGAUAAAGAUGGUCGUCCGUUGUAUGUCUUGAGACUGGGCCAGAUGGACACGAAAGGACUUGUCCGUGCUCUUGGAGAGGAGUCUCUGCUCAGACAUGUGCUGUCAAUCAAUGAGGAGGGUCUUCGACGCUGUGAAGAAAAUACCAAAGUGUUUGGUCGGCCCAUCAGCUGCUGGACAUGUCUGGUGGAUCUGGAGGGUCUAAACAUGCGUCACCUAUGGCGGCCAGGAGUCAAAGCGCUGCUCAGGAUCAUCGAGGUGGUGGAGGCAAACUACCCUGAGACUCUGGGGCGGCUUCUUAUUUUAAGAGCUCCGCGAGUAUUCCCAGUGCUGUGGACGCUGGUGAGUCCAUUCAUUGAUGAAAACACUCGCAAGAAAUUCCUGAUCUAUGCCGGCAAUGACUACCAGGGUCCUGGUGGACUGCUGGACUACAUAGACAAGGAAAUCAUCCCUGACUUCCUCGGUGGAGAGUGCAUGUGUGAGGUACCAGAGGGAGGCCUGGUUCCAAAGUCGAUGUACCGCACAGCUGAGGAGCUGGAGAACGAAGAUGUCCGUUUAUGGACUGAGACGAUUUACCAGAGUGCAAGCAUCUUUAAGGGGGCACCACACGAGCUGCUGAUAGAGAUCAUCGACGCCUCCUCUGUAAUCACGUGGGACUUUGAUGUCUGCAAAGGAGACAUAGUUUUCAACAUCUACCACUCCAAACGAGCGCCACAGCCCCCGCGGAAAGACCCGCUCGGAGCCCAUGGCAUCACCUCCCCAGGCGGAAAUAAUGUCCAGCUCAUUGAUAAGUCGUGGACGCUCGGCCAAGACUACAGCAUGGUGGAGUCUCCACUCACCUGUAGGGAGGGAGAAAGUGUGCAGGGGUCUCAUAUUACUCGCUGGCCGGGCUUCUACAUCCUCCAGUGGAAAUUCCACAACAUGCCAGCGUGUUCAGCCACAAACCUUCCUCGGGUGGAUGAUGUCCUGGCCACCCUACAGGUCUCCUCGCACAAGUGCAAAGUGAUGUACUACACUGAGGUGUUGGGCUCUGAGGACUUCAGAACGGCUUGCUGUGAUGUGCAGAGUUUGGGCUCCAUGACCAGCCUGGAGUCCAGCCACAGCGGCUUCUCCCAGCUCAGCGCCGCUACCACCUCAUCCAGCCAGUCGCAGUCCAGCUCCAUGAUCUCCAGGUAGACGUGGGGCCCAGAUGACUUCAGCACCUCGACUCCUGCUCUGCCCGCUGACCCCCACUUUGCCCCAUCUAUGACCUUUGGACUCUCAAUGCAAAGCCAGUUUCUCAUGAACGGCAGCACGAUUGCACAACUCGAGACAUACCGACAAAUCUGAGGCAAAAAAAGACUUGAGAUAUAUAAGGGCUGAAUUUUGCACAAAGGCCAUUUGUUUUUAGUGCCUGCUGUCUCUCUGGGCUUUAAACCCCAGCAUUAGCCAGACGUGUCAGGUUUGGUGCAGGCUGGUGAAGGGUUACACAUCAUGUCUUUGUGAAAGAAGCAAUAUCGUCAUUGUGUGAUGACAAACACUGGAGAUGCUGUUACAUAUAUGCAUUUACACUCCCACAUAUACUGAGACGACACAUACCUCACUGACAGGUGGUCGGUCGUGGAUGCAAUGUUACAUAAGUACACCUGCCGCUGUGUUACCAGAGCGACGGCAGCAGUCAUGAUAUCAUGUCCUCUUUCCAUCACAGUCGAGUGUCUUCUUUUUACAGUUCCCCUAGCACUUUUUGGAAGGUGUGAAAACCUUCCUCCCAGCUAGGUGAUGUGCUACAGCAAUAACAUAAUCAUUUUAACUUAAAGAAAUGUUAAUAUUUAUAUGAAAUAAUGUGCUGAUGGUGGAUGUGCAUGCAGGCAAACUGAGCCAGUUACUAGAGCUAUGUUUAUCUAUCAGUGAUGCCAUCAGGUAAGGGAACAAGGAACAUGCCUCCAUUUGUCUCAUUUCAUCCAAUAUUUGAUUGUACAUUCAAGGAACUUGAGUAGUUUCUCACAGAAAAGUGAAAGAGCUGCUAGAUAUUUGCCUAAUAAUUGAGUGGACCUUGAUAGAACCAUUUCAGAGUGAUGUAGAUUUUGCAUGCAUCAUGGACGGAUGUGUGUGUGCGUGUGUGCGCGCUUGUGUGUGAGCGCCAAUGUUGCAUUUAAUGGUAGAAAACGCUGAUAUGAACAUUCGAGUGUUGGGUGGAGUGUUGACUAUAUAGGGCUCAAGUACAUUUUGGAGUGAGGAGCCCUGUUUUGUUACUGCAUGCGGGGAGUGGGUUUGCACAUCUACUGUUCGAUAAUAUAGCCAUUUAGGAGCCAUUUGUCAUCGAACACCGUUUUAGCCUUUUGUAAACGCAUAGACGUACAGAAGUUCAACCUUUACAGAUAUGUGAACUGUAGAAAACGGUUUUUCAUAUGUUUAUAUCUACACAUAGAACUGACUCCUUUUGCGCAGGGGUUGUUGCCAUGGUUACCAAGUGCAGCUGACAGCAAAAAGAAAAAAUACGUGAGGAUGCCAGACGUUUUUGAUACAUUUUGAGUUGACCUUAAUGAUUGAAUGCAAUAAUAUGAAAGGUUACUUGGGAAAGGACCUUUCCAGGAUGAGGGCUAGCACGUUCGAGUGGAGGGGGAAUGUUCUUAAGCCGCCAUGGGAUGACCCAUCUGAGGGCUUAGAUAUUUUUUGUCCCAUCUCCUUGUCUGUUUCAUCUCUUCUAUAGUAGAACAAGCAUCAGCAGCUGUAGAUCUUUGUGUGUUCAUCUCAAAGGAGAAGAGUGAACCCUUCCAAUCCGUCUCACUCACCAAUGAGGGCUAAGCGGUUUCUGUGUGACACGGCUUCAUAUCUUCAUGUAACAAGUUGUGUAAAAAUAUUUGAAUUGUUGAGACAAUGAUGCCUGUAUGGGCCUUUGAACGCAUUAAA